GGCCAACUGAAUCUACUGCCAAGCAAGAGCUGACGGUCACAAGGAAAGGUGCAAUGAUGAAGAGUUUUUUCCUAGUUGUGACUAUCCUGGCAUUAACCCUGCCAUUUUUGGGUGCCCAGGAGCAAAACCAGGAACAACCGAUAUGCUGUGAGAAAGAUGAAAGAUUCUUCGAUGACAAAAUAGCCAAAUAUAUCCCAAUUCAGUAUGUGCUGAGUAGGUAUCCUAGUUAUGGACUCAAUUACUAUCAACAGAGACCAGUUGCACUAAUUAAUAAUCAAUUUCUGCCAUACCCAUAUUAUGCAAAGCCAGUUGCAGUUAGGUCACCUGCCCAAACUCUUCAAUGGCAAGUUUUGCCAAAUACUGUGCCUGCCAAGUCCUGCCAAGACCAGCCAACUACCCUGGCACGUCACCCACACCCACAUUUAUCAUUUAUGGCCAUUCCACCAAAGAAAGAUCAGGAUAAAACAGAAAUCCCUGCCAUCAAUACCAUUGCUAGUGCUGAGCCUACAGUACACAGUACACCUACCACCGAAGCAAUAGUGAACACUGUAGAUAAUCCAGAAGCUUCCUCAGAAUCGAUUGCGAGUGCAUCUGAGACCAACACAGCCCAAGUUACUUCAACCGAGGUCUAAAAACUCUAAGGAGACAUCAAAGAAGACAACGCAGGUCUAGCUGAAACCAAAUGACUACUUCAAACUUUCCUUUGGCCAGUUGUCUGCCUUCAGUGAACAGAGAAUAUGAUUUUCACAGAUCCAGCUCCUUUCUCAUCUCCUCUUACAUUUUACAUUUAUGCCGCAUUUAGUUUUUUGAUUCCUGCAUAAUAAAG